AUGACGUUCUACCUUUCCUACCACUCGAAUAAAAUCAAUCAGUAUAUUCACUUGGCUUGUAUCUGGCCUACAUUGGUAUCAGGGCUUAUUCUCCUCGCUCACACAAAGCCAUUGGUCGAGACUCCAUCUUUUCUGUCUUCUCUCCCUUAUGGACACUUGGUGGUACUCAACUGGUCGGCCGUGACGACUGGCAUCUACAUGCUGUGGUACAUGACUCUGGAUAUGUUUGCAGGCACUUUAGGGGCUGCUCUCAUGGCAGUGUGCUUCCUAUUUGCCAACUACUUUGUCAUGGAAGGUGCUGACGUCCUGAACGUGCACAGCAUGCAUGUAGCUCUGGCUGUUCAAGCGAUAACGUGGACUCUGCAGUUCAUUGGCCACGGAGUCUUUGAACGCCGCCAACCUGCGCUCUUGGAUAGCCCGGGCCAGGCCUUCAUCACUGCCCCCAUGUUCGUGCUACUCGAGAUCUUGUUCCCGCUUGGCUAUCGCCCGGACCUCUACCAGCGCGUGCUGAAACAGGCUCGGAUCAAUAUCAAGAACUUUCAGGCCACCAAGACCAUGUAA